AUGUCUGCACUAAAUCUAGAUACUUAUAUCCCAGAAUUGGUCAAGAAGCACAUCUCGAAAAGAGGUUAUGAAACCAUUCAAAAAGUAAAACAAUUCGUUGAAGAGGAAUGUCUUCCUGCUGAUGAAGUGUAUUUCAAUCAAAUGUCAAAUGAACCUUCCAAAAGAUGGGCUUCAGUUCCUCCAAUCAUUGAAGAAUUGAAAGAAAAGGCUAAAAAAUUAGGAUUAUGGAACUUGUUUUUAGCUGGUUAUAAAGAAGGUCCAGGUUAUUCAAAUUUAGAAUAUGGGUUAAUGGCUCAAUUUCUUGGUAGAUCCCAUGUUGCUCCAGAAGCUACAAAUACAAAUGCCCCAGAUACUGGUAAUAUGGAACUAUUUGUUAAAUAUGCUAAUGAAAAGCAACGUAAAGAAUGGUUGGAACCUUUAUUAAAUGGUGAUAUUAGAUCAGCGUUCUUGAUGACUGAAAAAGGUACCAGUUCUUCAAAUGCUUUAAAUAUUUCACUAAGUGCUAAGAAAGUUGGUUCAAAUGAAGUUGUCUUGAAUGGUACAAAAUGGUUUGCUUCAGGUGCUGGUGAUCCAAGAUGCAAAGUUUGGUUAGUUAUGGCUAAAACUACUCCAGAUGCAGAAAACCCUUACAAACGUCAUUCUGUUAUUGUUAUUGAUGCUGAAAAGGCUCAGGCUACUGGGAAAGUUAAAGUUGUUCGUCCUUUACAUGUCUUUGGAUUCGAUGAUGCUCCUCAUGGUCAUUGUGAAAUUCAAUUCAAUGACUUGAGAGUUCCUUUUGAUUUAUUGGAUAAAGAAGGUGAAGGCUUCACUUUAAUCCAAAGUAGACUAGGACCUGGUAGAAUUCAUCAUUGUAUGAGAUUAAUUGGUAUGGGUGAUGAAGCAAUCUAUCAAGCUAUCAAAAGAGCUUCAAAUAGAGAAAUCUUUGGUAAAUUAUUCAUUACAAAAGAAGUAUUCAUUCAUGAAUUAGGUGAGAGAAGAAUCGCAUUGGAAAGAGUUAAAUUAUUAGUUUUGGAAGCUGCCUUAAAGAUUGAUUUAGUUGGUAGUAAAGGUGCCAAAAAGGAAAUUUCAAUUGCCAAAAUUGAUACUCCAAGAACCGUGGGAAAUAUCAUUGAUUGGGCUAUUCAAGUUUAUGGAGCUGAAGGUGUUUCUCAAGAUACUCCUUUAACAAGAUUAUAUAUGAGUGCAAGAAUGUUGAGAAUUGCAGAUGGUCCAGAUGAAGCUCAUUUAAAUCAAUUGGGAAAAGCUGAAGCUAAAAAAGCUAAAGAAAUUAACCAAUUAUAUAGCAGAAUCUAUGCUAAAACCAAAAGAUUAAGCAAGUUUUAG